UGCCAUCAUGCCUCAAACCCGAUCCCAGGCACAGGCUACAAUCAAUUUUCCAAAAAAGAAACUGCCUCAGACAUUGGACACCAAACUAGGACCGACAAAUGUCCAGACUAUACCCUGUUCUCCUUGUGUAAAAAUUCUGCCUCUCAGCCCUAGAAAACGUCUGGGUGAUGAAAACCUAUGCAACACUCCUUAUUUACCUCCCUGUUCUCCACCAAAGCAAGGCAAGAAAGAGAAUGGUCCCCCUCGCUCACACACGUCUAAGGGAAAGGGACGCAGAUUGGUAUUUGACAAUCAGCUGACAGUUAAAUCUCCUAGCAAAAGAGAACAAGCCAAAGUUCACCAAAACAAAAUACUUUCCUCAGUUCGAAAAAGUCAAGAGAGCACAACAAGUUCUAAGCAGAGAUGUCCGUUGGAGAAAGAAUCUGCAUGUAUGAGACUGUUCAAGCAAGAAGGUACUUGCUACCAGCAAGCAAAGCUGGUCCUGAAUACAGCUGUCCCAGAUCGGCUGCCUGCCAGGGAAAAGGAGAUGGAUGUCAUCAGGAAUUUCCUGAGAGAACAUAUCUGUGGGAAAAAAGCUGGAAGUCUUUACCUUUCUGGUGCUCCUGGAACUGGAAAAACUGCCUGCUUAAGCCGAAUUCUGCAAGACCUCAAGAAGGAACUGAAAGGCUUUAAAACUAUCAUGCUGAAUUGCAUGUCCCUGAGGAGUGCCCAGGCUGUAUUCCCAGCUAUUGCUCAGGAGAUUUGUCAGGAAGAAGUAUCCAGGCCAGCUGGGAAGGACAUGAUGAGAAAAUUGGAAAAACAUAUGACUGCAGAGAAAGGCCCCAUGAUUGUGUUGGUGUUGGAUGAGAUGGAUCAACUGGACAGCAAAGGGCAGGAUGUAUUGUACACACUGUUUGAAUGGCCAUGGCUAAACAAUUCCCGAUUGGUGCUGAUUGGUAUUGCUAAUACCCUGGAUCUCACAGACAGAAUUCUGCCAAGGCUUCAAGCUAGAGGAAAAUGUAAGCCACACCUGUUGAACUUUCCACCUUAUACCAGAGUUCAGAUAGCUACUAUCUUGCAAGACCGACUUAAUCAGGUAUCUGGAGAUCAGGUUCUGGAUAGUGCUGCAAUUCAGUUCUGCGCCCGCAAAGUCUCUGCUGUUUCAGGAGAUGUUCGCAAAGCACUAGAUGUUUGCAGGAGAGCUAUUGAAAUUGUAGAGUCGGAUGUCAAAAGCCAGACUAUCCUCAAACCACUGUCUGAAUGUAAAUCACCCUCUGAGUCCCUGAUUCCCAAGCAGGUUGGUCUUGUUCACAUAUCCCAAGUCAUUUCAGAAGUUGAUAGUAACAGGAUGACCUUGAGCCAAGAAGGAGCACAAGAUUCCUUCCCUCUUCAGCAGAAGAUCUUGGUCUGCUCUUUGCUGCUCUUGAUCAGGCAGUUGAAAAUCAAAGAGGUCACUCUGGGGAAGUUAUACGAAGCCUAUAGUAAAGUCUGUCGCAAACAGCAGGUGGCAGCUGUGGACCAGUCAGAGUGUUUGUCGCUUUCAGGGCUCUUGGAGGCUAGGGGCAUUUUAGGAUUAAAGAAAAACAAGGAAACCCGAUUAACAAAGGUGUUUUUGAAGAUUGAAGAGAAGGAAAUAGAGCAUGCUCUGAAAGACAAAGCUUUAAUUGGAAAUAUCUUAGCUACUGGAUUGCCUUAAAUGCUUCUCUUAUACCCUACCUGAAAGUAUUCAGCUGGCAUUUAGAGAGCUACAGAGUCUUCAUUUUAGUACUUUAUCUAUUCAGGUCUGAAAACAAAUAUGACCUUUUUUACUUGAAACCAAUGAAUUUUAAUCUAUAGAUUUAUUAAUAUUAGCACAGAAUAAUAUCUUUGGGUCUUAUUAUUUGUACCCAUCAAAGUGCACAAGUAGACCCUUUUUAACUGCAUUUACGACUUCACU